AUGGCCUUCUUGGACAAUCCAACUAUCAUUCUAGCUCAUAUUCGACAGUCACAUGUGACCAGUGAUGACACAGGAAUGUGUGAGAUGGUUCUCAUUGAUCAUGAUGUUGACCUAGAGAAGAUUCAUCCUCCUUCAAUGACUGGAGACAGUGAGUCUGACAUUCAGGGAAGCAAUGGUGAGACUCAGGGCUAUGUAUAUGCCCAGUCAGUCGAUAUUACCUCAAGUUGGGACUUUGGUAUUAGAAGACGCUCAAAUACAGCUCAAAGAUUAGAACGACUUCGAAAAGAGAGACAAAACCAAAUCAAAUGCAAGAAUAUUCAGUGGAAAGAAAGAAAUUCUAAGCAAUCAGCCCAAGAGUUAAAGUCACUGUUUGAAAAAAAGUCCCUCAAAGAGAAACCUCCAAGUUCUGGAAAGCAGUCCAUAUUAUCUGUACGCCUAGAGCAGUGCCCUCUGCAGCUGAAUAACCCCUUUAAUGAGUAUUCCAAAUUUGAUGGCAAGGGUCAUGUAGGCACAACAGCCACCAAGAAGAUCGAUGUCUACCUCCCCUUACACUCGAGCCAGGACAGACUGCUGCCAAUGACCGUGGUGACCAUGGCCAGCGCCAGGGUGCAGGACCUGAUCGGCCUCAUCUGCUGGCAGUACACAAGCGAAGGACGGGAGCCGAAGCUCAAUGACAAUGUCAAUGCCUACUGCCUGCACAUUGCUGAGGAUGAUGGGGAGGUUGACACAGAUUUCCCCCCACUGGAUUCCAAUGAGCCCAUUCAUAAGUUUGGCUUCAGUACUUUGGCCCUGGUUGAAAAGUACUCAUCUCCGGGUCUGACAUCCAAAGAGUCACUCUUUGUUCGAAUAAACGCUGCUCACGGAUUCUCCCUCAUUCAGGUGGACAACCCAAAGGUCACCAUGAGAGAAAUCUUGCUCAAGGCAGUGAAGAGAAGAAAAGGAUCUCAGAAAAUUUCAGGCCCUCAGUACCGCCUGGAGAAGCAGAGUGAGCCCAACGUCGCCGUGGACCUGGAGAGCACCUUGGAGAGCCAGAGCGUGUGGGAGUUCUGCCUGGUCCGCGAGAACAGUUCAAGGGCAGACGGGGUUUUUGAGGAGGAUUCGCAGAUUGACAUAGCUACAGUACAGGAUAUGCUCAGCAGCCACCAUUACAAGUCAUUCAAAGUCAGCAUGAUCCACAGACUGCGAUUCACCACCGACGUGCAGUUAGGUAUCUCUGGAGACAAAGUAGAGAUAGACCCCGUUACGAACCAGAAAGCCAGCACUAAGUUUUGGAUUAAGCAGAAACCCAUCUCGAUCGAUUCUGACCUGCUCUGUGCCUGUGACCUUGCCGAAGAAAAAAGCCCCAGUCACGCCAUUUUUAAACUCACGUAUCUAAGCAAUCAUGACUAUAAACACCUCUACUUCGAAUCGGACGCUGCGACCGUCAAUGAAAUCAUGCUCAAGGUCAACUACAUCCUGGAGUCACGAGCCAGCACUGCCCGCGCUGACUAUUUUGCUCAAAAACAAAGAAAACUCAACAGACGCACGAGCUUCAGCUUCCAGAAGGAGAAGAAAUCGGGGCAGCAGUGA